AUGCCGUUCGGGGCGGUGCUGGCGCAGGUGGGGGGCCUGGGCCGGUUCCAGGUGCUGCAGACGGCGCUGCUGGCGGUGCCCAUCCUGCUCAUGGCCAGCCACAACCUGCUGCAGAACUUCACUGCUGCUGUCCCCCCGCACCGCUGCCGUGUCCCCACUGUCCCCAGCGCCACCCCCGCCGGCCCCAGCGCCACCCCAGCACCAUCCGAAGCCACUCCCGAUGCCACCUCAGCGGCCCCUCGUGACGCCUUGAGAGGCUCCAACACCGUCCUGAGGUCUCUUGGUGCCACCCUGAGGUCCCCCAAUGGCCCCGGUGCCACCCACGUCACACUUGACGGCACCGUGGGAUCCCCUGAUGGCACCUGGAGAUCCUCCAAUGACACCCUGGGGCCCACUGGUGCCACGCUGGGGUGGUCCAAUGUUACCCUGGGGUCCCCCGAUGUCACCCUGGGGUCCUGCCAGCGCUAUGUGGCAUCGCCCCCUGCCAACGUCACCGGUGGUGUCCGGGCCACCGAGCCCUGCCGGGACGGAUGGGACUACGACCGCAGCGUCUACGUGUCCACCAUCGUCACCGAGUGGGACCUGGUCUGUGGCUACCGGCAGCUGCGGCAGAUGGCCCAGUCCAUCUACAUGGCUGGGGUCCUGGUGGGUGCCCUGGUCCUGGGGGGCCUCUCAGACAGGUUUGGGCGCAAGGCCAUGUUGAUGUGGUCCUACCUGCAGCUGGGGGUGAUGGGGACGUGCACGGCCUUCGCCCCCAACUACGCCUCGUACUGCGUGUUCCGCUUCGCCGGCGGGAUGGCGCUGUCCGGCUUCGGCCUCAGCAUCGCCUGCCUGGUGGUGGAGUGGAUCCCCACCCCGUACCGCGCCAUCACCGUGGCCAUCACCGGAUUCGCCUACACCCUGGGCCAGAUCAUCCUGGCCGGGGUUGCCUACGCCGUCCCCCACUGGCGCUGGCUCCAGCUCUCCGUGUCCCUGCCCUUCUUCGUCUUCCUGCUCUACUCCUGGUGGCUGGCGGAGUCGGCGCGGUGGUUGGUGCUGUCGGGCAAGGCCGAGCGGGCCGUGAAGGUCCUGCAGCGCGUGGCCGCAUUCAACAACCGCAAGGAGGAGGGCGAGAAGAUCACGGUUGAGAUGUUGAAGUCCAACAUGAAGGAGGAGUUGGCGGCUCUGAAAUCCUCCUACACCGUCUCCGACCUGGUCCGGACCCCCGUGAUCCGGCACAUCUUCUUCUGCCUCUCCAUCGUCUGGUUCUCCAUCAGUUUCUCCUACUACGGCCUGGCCAUGGACCUGCAGAACUUCGGGGUCAGCAUUUACCUCAUCCAGGUGAUUUUCGGUGCCGUUGACUUCCCGGCCAAGGUGGUGGUGACCGUGUCCCUGAGCUACGUGGGCCGGCGGCUCUCGCUCGUGGUGGCCUUGUUCUUGGCAGGGCUGGUCAUCGUGGCCAACAUCUUUGUGCCCACAGAGCUGCAGACGGUGCGCACGGCGCUGGCCGUCAUCGGCAAGGGCUGCCUCUCCGCCUCCUUCAACUGCGUCUUCCUCUACACCACCGAGCUCUACCCCACCCCCAUCAGGCAGACGGGGCUGGGCUUCGGCAGCACCAUGGCGCGCGUGGGCGGCAUCGUGGCGCCGCUGGUGAAGAUGAUGGAUGAGUAUUACCCCUUCCUGCCCCCCGCCGUCUACGGGGUGGCACCCGUGGUGGCGGCCGUGGCGGCCGCGUUCCUGCCCGAGACCCUCAACGCGCCCCUGCCCGACACCAUCGAGGAGGUGGAGAACAGGCCCAAGCGGAAGCCGACAGGUGACCCCAAGGAGAAGAUCGCGCUCCAGCCCCAGGACGGGCCCCCCCUGAAGGAAGCCUGA